UUCGUCAUGUACACAAAACAAAAUCAACAAAUUCUAGCUGCCCUAAUUUAAUAUACUGUGAAGGUCGUUAAUACACACUACUCGUGAGUAUGAAAAUGUAUCGUCGCGUAUUUCACUGUUGCGUGGUCAUAACUGCACUGCGGUUCUCCAUCGCAGAUGUAAAAACAUUCUAUGGUGAAAAGAAGCAAUCCUACGCAAAGUACAAACCAUGGAACGCCACGUACAUGGGUACACUGAAACUAAAAUUCAAAACACAGCAUUCUGAUGGACUCUUAUUCUACACAGAUGAUCAUCAACUGAAGAAGGGGCGAGGUAACUACAUCAAACUUAAACUUCACAACAAAAGAUUGGAGCUUCAUCUGCAGUUGAGUUACUACCUUGAUGUCAAUAAUUUCGAAGCACGAACUCUUAGCAACAAGAGGGUACUUGGAUACCAUUUGAACGAUAACAAAUACCAUUUUGUAGAAGUUGUAAGAAUAUUCAGACAGACUCUCUUUACAUUGGAUGGGAGAACGGUUGAGAUGACGUUUGGGAAAAAUGCUUUGCAUUUGAACUCCUCCAUAUAUGCUGGAGGUGUACCAAAGAAACAACGUACGUUUGUUGAUGCAGACGCCAUCUAUGAGAAGAGGUUUGUUGGUUGUAUUAGUAAGCUUCGUUAUGACAAUGGAGUAGGAUUGGAUAAGGAGCCAUCUUUAGCUGUGGCGGAAGAAGAACAAGGAACACAAACGGGCUGUCGUGACGCAUGCGCAAUACAGGAAACGCAGACUUGUCACCAUGGUGGUCGUUGUUUAAACAAAUAUGUAGAGACAGGUUGUGAUUGUGUAGGUACAGGUUACACGGGGCACUCUUGUUUACAAGCAACGGAAUCCCUCCAAUUUUUUGGCUCCGAUUACUUGGUAUGGAGACCAAGGAUACAAUUGAACAGCUUUGCUACUGAAAUUUCGCUACGGUUUAGGCCAGCUCAACAGUCUGGCAUUCUGUAUUUUGCUUCCAGUGAUAAUUUACAGAAUGGUUAUAUGUUCAUCGAGCUGUACAAGAUGGCUUUGAUACUGGUGUUUAAAACAAAAGAUACAAAAGAAGAAGUGGUCACACUAGGAGACAAUAAAAUUAAUCAAACAUCUUGGAGAUUUCUACGGAUAGUGAGAACUGGCAAAAGUAUGUCUAUACAUCUAGAUGAUGGUACAUCGGUGAGAAAAUAUGUCAAACAAAGUAAUGUUGACGAUUAUUCCCUACCGCCUGGGUCUCUAAACAUAACAUACGUGUACGUGGGAGGUCUUGAAGACCCAAAUGCACUGUCCAUGUCACGAAGUCAAAAACACUUCACUGGGUGCUUGCAAGAUAUCAUAAUUAGUGGGUUCGAUUUGCUUCGAAUUACACGGGACUGGGCUGACUACAGUGUCACACGUGUUGGGAACAUUAAAAGUGGCUGUCGAGCUGACAUGUUCCUCGACGCAGAUUUCGAUAAUGUGUCAAUGGGCUUACCGUCACUGACAACACAAAAUUCCAAUGAAACUGGCUGGGAAACAGACAAAAAAGAAAGAAAAGGAACAUCAGAAAUAAUAACCUCCAAGAAACAAAAGACAAAAGAUGGCAUAAGUGAUCUUACAUGGAUGAUUAUCGGUAGCUCAUGCAUUAUCGUCCUCAUUCUAAUAACCGCCGCUGCAUUGUCGUAUCGCUGCAUUCAUAAGCAACGAAAGGUUCGCAGAAGAAGUUUACGCGAGCAUUAUCUACAGCAAGUACAACGUGGCGAUGAAGAAGAGCUUCCUCUAAACCAACGCUGCAUACGAGCCGAGAUUAACAGAUGUGAUUUGAAAACAUUCAGUCCAGUACGACGUGCAUUUUAUAUGUCGCCUAAUGAGUCUGAAACACUUCAACGGACUGACGAAACAGUUCAUCGCAGUUACGAAGCAAUGGUUCGUAACCGGGAUGAAAUUCACGGUAACCACGAAGAAAUGUUGUUACGACACAAAACGUUGCAGCAUAGUCAUACCAAGAAAAGUUUUGACGCCGAUCAACAAACGCACUACUCUGUUGAGAUUGUGCAUAGCAAUGGUAAACCACAAUCACUUGUGCAACAACAUUCGAUAGAUGAGAGCUUGAAGAGUGAAAAUGCUACUUUGAGAAGAUGUCGUCGGUUGUGAACAAUUUGACCACUUUUCUGGUAACAUUAACAAAGAUGAUAGGGUGUGGCAUAAGAAAUCAAAAUGCGAGCAAAUUGGACAUUAUAUUUAAUUUUACUAGAGUCCGUGUUAGACACCUGUUUCUCCAGUUUGGUAUACCAUUUUUGAUCACAAUAUAUAAUAUGUAGCAUUUUCUUAUUUUUUGACUAGGAAACAAGUUUUAUCUUUCGCUAGCUGACCUUAACAGCUCAAUAAGUGGCACGAUAACUCACAACAUUGGAUUCAAUCCUUAUUUUUUUCUAGUAUAAUGAUUAUUUUAGAUAACAUAUUUUUUUAGGGUUGUGCUACCAGGUCAGUUUAUUAAGAAAAUUUUUUAUUUCCUACAAAGCCAUUGAUAUCAUCGAUCUUGCUGUUUCGAAGAAGGUCCUAUUAUACUAUUUAAAUAAGAAAAUGAUCCAUCUUCUCUGCCCCCUAGUUAUUGAUGUUAGAAUCGGUAAGAAGAACAUGUUGCAAAACCUGUCUGUUCGUUCUGCGACGUGUGGCUCGAAUGGAUUUAAAGUGUAUCAGUAUGUAUUACGGUAUAAAUCCCCUUAAUCUAAGUAGAAGUCUCAUAUAUACAUAUUCCUCAUCGUUAAAUGUUGGUCGUAUACAAGAAAAUUUUUACUUCACCAACGUGUCGAUAAUCGAGUUUAAGUAAAACAUACAAUCUCAAAAUGGUUUUAGAUCACGUGUUCGGGAUCCUAACAAUGAAUAAACUUUGCUUUAAAUUCUAUGAGUUUACAUAUUAGCAUGAAAGUAUGGCUACUACUGAUU